CCCCAACAGCCACCUCCCGCCCAGCGGGAACAGGGGAAAUACCACCGGCUUCCCGCGGCUGCGGUCACGGCAGUGGUCUAGCAAACACUUCCGGUCCUUUAGGUUCCUCCCCUUCCUGCGUGGGCAGAGUCAGGGCUGCCCAAGGGUGCUGAAGCCACAAGGGGGCUACCCCAUCCAGUCUGCGCCGCGGAGGAUGAGCGAGGCCGAGGCCGGGCCCGGGCCGGGGGCCAGGGGCCCCGUGAGCUUCGCCGAUGUGGCCGUGUACUUCUCCCCGGAGGAGUGGGGACGGCUGCGCCCCGCGCAGAGGGCCCUGUACAGGGACGUCAUGCGGGAGACUUAUGGCCACCUGGGCGCGCUGGGAUUUCCAGGUCCCAAACCAGCGCUCAUCUCCUGGAUGGAACAAGAAGCGUGGGACUCGGAUAUCAGCUCUCCCGAGGGUGAAUGGGAGAAGGCAGUAACCUGUGGAGCAGGAGCUAAGAACAAUAAUAAGGAGAACAGGAAGAUGCUUGGAGCUGAGGAACAACCUGUGAUCAAGAGACUGGAAGAUGUUGGACAGCCCACAACUAGGACUGGAGAACACAAGGAUCAGCCAGCCCCUCUUUCUGCUUCCUGUCGGGGCCGCCCUCCCACAAACCCCAGCCUGCGUGUCAACCUUCCAGCUCCUAGGACUGACAAACGCCAUGGCUGCAACAUAUGUGGGAAGCACUUUGCCUGGCGCUCCACACUGGUGGAGCACAUUUACACCCAUACUGGUGAGAAGCCCUUUCAUUGUUCCGACUGUGGCAAAGGCUUCAGCCAGGCUUCUUCACUAAGCAAGCACCGAGCCAUCCACCGGGGAGAACGGCCUCAUCGUUGCCCCGACUGUGGCCGGGCCUUUACUCAGCGCUCAGCCCUUACGACUCACCUCCGUGUCCACACUGGUGAGAAGCCUUACCAGUGUGCUGACUGUGGCCGAUGCUUUAGCCAGAGUUCAGCCCUGUCACAGCAUCAUCGUGUCCACAGUGGUGAGACACCUUUCCCCUGUGCUGACUGUGGCCGAGCCUUUGCCCAUGCCUCAGACCUAAGGCGCCACCAGCGUACCCACACAGGUGAAAAGCCAUUCCCUUGUCCAGACUGUGGACGCUGCUUCCGGCAGAGUUCAGAAAUGGUUGCUCACAGACGAAUUCACAGUGGUGAGCGGCCCUAUUCCUGCCCUGAGUGUGGGAGGCGAUUCAGCCAGAAGUCAGCUGUAGCCAAACAUCAGUGGAUCCAUCGGCCUGGUGCUGAGGGCAGGAGGGGCCAGUUGUCUGAGGUAUUACCUGUGCAACUUGUCUCUAUCCGGGGAGACUUAGAUCCCCCAGUGGGCUUCCAGCACUACCCAGAGAUCUUCCAGGAGUGUGGCCCUUCGCGGGAGCUGGAAAACCCCGCCCCGCGAGAGCCUUCGGGCCAAUCAGGCUCCGCUGGAGGAUCCUCGCGCCUGGGAGCGACGGUUAACGCCCCCACGAGCAAGAGGGAAAGGGGCGGGGAGAGAAGAAAAUGGGCGGGGCAUCAGAGCCAUGAGACCAAUGGCUGGCCCCCUUCUCAUGAAGGAAGGCGGUGCCUCCAGGCCAUCCAGCUCGCUCCGCCCCUGCGGCGGAGCCGUCUCCUUGGCAACGAUCCUAGACUGGAGGGAGGGGCAGGCUGUUGGAGGGGUGGAAUGAGGGCUGUGAGAGGGGAUGAGCGAAAGGAGGGGUGGGGGGGCCCCGGCGGGGGAGGCAUGAAGGGGCUCUCCCCACGGCAAGCGGGGGACUCCGCUGACCGCCACGCCACUCCCGAGCUCCGCUGGAAGGCCGGAGGAGGCGCGUCGCGGAGAUCUCGCCGUCUCCGGGUCAGAGGGAAGGGGCGGCGGCGGAGUUUGAUCGCUGAGCCAGAGCCAGAGCACGAGCCCGUAGGGCAAGCCGCCCCCCGCCUCGCCGUGCCUAGAGUCUGGGGGCUGCUGCUCCGGAGCUCCGGGGCACGCUUGCACGGACCGAGAGACCAGCAGACAGACGGGCAGACAGCCGGCCUAGGCUCUGGGACGGAGCGUCCAGGCCACUAUCCCUGCCCCACGCAGGAGCUGCUGCUGUUCCUUCAGCACCUGCUCAGGGUUAAUGCCACCGAGUCGCACCUCCGCGGCAUCCUAGAGCGGCAGCGGCGCCAGCCUAGCGGGGAGCUGGCCGAUCACGGACACUUCCUGUGCAAGGGGCGGGGGGAGGGGGCUGGGCAGCCGCAGCCCAGCAAGGGGCUGGGGAGCCGGGCCACCAACACCUGGGUCCCAGGAAGGGUGUCUAGGGGCCGGAGGGCCGUCGAUUCUCGGGGAGAGCUGGAGGCCUGGGGUCAAGACAUCUGGAUUCUGGGAAGGGGAGCGGGGCCCCAGAGGCGCGCGCACACGCACCCGCUCCCGCGCCUACCCGGGGCUGCGGGGAGCCCGCCGCUCAGAGGCUUCCCUCGGCUCCUGAUUUCUAAGAUGGAGCAAGAGGCCAGGCCGUGGGGCCUAGAUCCCCAGAGUCCCGAAGAGAUGCAGAGCCAGAGAGGCACCCCCACAGGCAGCGAGUGUGGCAGACGGAAGAGUGUGAGUGAGAAUGAGGAAGAGAUUCCUCAUCAAGAAGACUCUGAGAAUGAAGACGUUGAAGAGAUACCCUUUGGAGUUGAACCUCAGAGUCCAGGUUUUGAUGAAAUUGCUGAGAUGCCCCUGAGCCCUGAGGAAAAGGAUCCUCUUGAACUCUCCCUGGAGGAUGAUCCCCUGGACUCCUACACUGAAGGGUAUGAGGAUCAACCCCCUAGGGACCUGCCACUGGGGACCACAUUUGAGAUGCCCUCAGGGACCCUGCUCACUGACCCCCGGUUUGAGAUACUUCAGGAGAACCCUCUCAACCUCACCGAGACCAUCCACAGCCAGUCUCGGCGUGGUGGGGGCCCUCGAGGUCAAGGUAGGCAGCCCCCACGUCCCAAUAUUUGUGGUAUCUGUGGGAAGAGCUUUGGGCGGGGCUCCACACUGAUUCAACACCAGCGCAUCCACACAGGAGAGAAACCUUACAAGUGUGAAGUAUGUGGCAAAGCCUUCUCACAAAGCUCUGAUCUCAUCAAGCAUCAGCGUACACAUACAGGUGAACGGCCAUAUAAGUGCCCCCGUUGUGGCAAGGCCUUUGCUGACAGCUCCUACCUGCUCCGCCACCAGCGGACCCACACAGGCCAGAAGCCCUAUAAGUGCCCAUACUGUGGCAAGGCCUUUGGCGACAGCUCCUACCUCCUGCGCCACCAGCGCACCCAUAGCCAUGAGCGACCCUACAGUUGCCCAGAUUGUGGCAAGUGCUACAGCCAGAACUCAUCCCUUCGCAGCCACCAGCGUGUCCACACAGGCCAGAGGCCCUACAGCUGUGGCAUAUGUGGCAAGUCCUUCUCCCAGCGCUCAGCCCUCACCCCUCAUGCCCGAAGCCACACCCGAGAAAAGCCCUUCAAGUGCCCUGAGUGCGGGAAACGCUUUGGCCAGAGCUCUGUGCUUGCCAUCCAUGCCCGCACCCACCUACCUGGCCGAACCUACAGCUGCCCUGACUGUGGGAAAACCUUUAAUCGCUCUUCCACCCUGAUUCAGCACCAGCGGUCCCAUACGGGUGAACGGCCCUAUAAGUGUGCUAUCUGUGGAAAGGGUUUUUGCCGUUCCUCCACUCUCCUGCAGCACCAUCGUGUCCAUAGUGGUGAACGGCCCUACAAGUGUGACGACUGUGGCAAGGCCUUCUCACAGAGCUCCGACCUCAUUCGCCACCAACGGACGCAUGCAGCUGGGCGGCGCUGACCAUGGAACCCCAGGAAGCAGGAAGAGGGUCACAUUGGGAGGGGGUGGGGAUAAGCAGCCUAGAGACAUGGGUAGAGUUUUUUUGGGGGGAGGGGGAAGGGAGAAGGGUUAGGGUCAGAUAUUUGGUUUCAGAAAAGGAAAUUGAACACAAAACCUCUCUUGGAAGCUGGGGUAAAAAAAAAAAAAACUCUACGCUUUAGGAGAGGGAGCUAGGAAAGACGAAUUGAGUAUUCUGUCUUUUUCUGGGAAAAUAUCCCUGAAAAAGUUUUCAAAUAAGGGGUAGGAGCCAACAGCCAAGAGCAGGCCUUCCCUGUGCCCUCUGAAAGUCUUUGGGAGAAUCAGAGGAGAAGAAUAGGCAGAGAGCUGACUGCCUACGCACCAGUGCCAUCUGCUGGAAUCCUGGAGAUGGCGAAUUGCUAGAUGUAGGGGGAUAGCUCGCUAGGUGGUUAGAUAGAGUGGGAAUUAGCUUAGUUGGGGAGCUCCCAGACCCACUAGGAGUCAGGGAGAGGGUGGGACUGAGGAUUGGGGUGGGGAUCCGGGUAUCUGGAGUGGGCCUGGCCCCAGCAUUCAGUCUGGGGUCUCCUCUGCCCCAUCCAGCUGCAUCAUCACUGAUUCAAUAAAAACAUCAAUAUGGAAA